AAAAAGGAAAAAAGAAAAAGAAAAGGUCAGCCGCAGGGGUUUAUAGAGGGUUUAGCCGUCGACAACCCCGCGAAAUAUCCAAUCUGCGAGCUUCCAUCAAUCAACCGACGAGGCAAAACAAUGCGUGGUAACUGGAUUGCUCAUACUUUGCUGCAUCGAGCUCGAAUCGCCGCCGUUUCCUCAUCACUCUCCUCCAUCGGAGCACCGUCGUCCAUAGUCUUUGCCUCCGAAGCAACGUCUUCUCAAAGUGCUUGCUCUUCUUCCUCCCGUCGCGACCACGCAUUCGCCUUUCCCCCCGCAGCAACCCUGCGGUUAUUCAAUACCAAUUCCUCUAAAGACUUUCAAGAUGAAGGGAAAGAACACAACCCACUCCAGUAUGGGGGGGAUGAAGGGGGAGAAACCACGGAUGGAUGGGAAGAAGAUGAUGAUCUGGAGCCUGAGCUUGGUGAUGGAGGGGGCGGUGGUGGUGUUGUUUUACAAGGCGUGCCAUGGGGUGAGCGUGUUCUUCUUCUUGCUCAAGAGGUCCUGCUGCAAUUUGGUGAUGACAUAAAACUCUAUUCUUUCAAGACCACUCCACGUGGAUACAUUUAUGUCAGAUUAGACAAACUCUCAAAUGAAUUUGGUUGUCCCAGCCUGGAGGAGCUUGAAAGUUACAGCCAAGAGUACAAAAAAAGAUUAGAUGAAACUGGAGCACUUGGAAAUAUUCCUGAUGAUUUAGCUCUUGAGGUAUCAUCUCCAGGUGCAGAGAGAUUACUGAAGGUCCCAGAUGAUCUAUUUAGAUUUAAAGCCAUACCGAUGCGAGUUUCCUACAUUGAAGAGGUAGAUUCGAGAGGUACUGAAAAUGAUGGAGUUUAUAUGCUGGAUCGUGUAGAAUCGGAAUAUGAGUGCUGUAUCUGGAAAUUGGCAAAUGUGAGGGAAAACCGAGAUCCUUUAAGUAAGGGUAGGCCUUUGACUCGUAAGCAGAAAGAAUGGAGAUUAAAGUUGCCCUAUGCAAAUCAUAAGAAGGUAUUCCUUUACCUUGAAUGCUGAGAGUCAGCACCUCAAGGUCCAAAAGAAAGGAUGGGUUGUGUACUUAAUUCAUGAGGUUAGUGUUAGUUUUACGUAGCAUUAUUUCUAUCUGAGGUCUUGGAGCUUUUCCACUUGGACACUUUCUUUUGUUUGGAAAAGUUAGUUCAGCUCAAACAUUAUUUUCUCAUUGGGUGUUUUUCUCCUUUUGGAAUUGAUGUCUUUGUAAGGUUUUUCGGUAUACUGGUUAUAUCAUCCAGUUCUGCUUGUGUCAGCUCUUCCAACUGAUAUUUCUUUUCCCAACUGUAUUGAACUUCAAAAUUGAUAUUUUUCCCCCUAUUCUAAUUUAUUUUCAAGGCCUAAGUGGUGUUUUCUUUUAGAUAUAUAUUCUCUUUCAUUUACUAGGUUUCCCCCCUUUUCAUUGCUCUUCUGCCGUAAUCUUUUAAUACUUGCUCUUGAGCUUGGGCUUUGCUUUUGGUAUUGCCUUCUCUUUCUAGCCUAUUGGUUAAAGUUCUGUAAAUCAGAGGAACUACCUUUUUCACCCUUUCCGCCUCCCUUAUAUGAGCAUUUUCUCUUUAUCAAAUUAUUCUGUGAUAAUCUCAUUAUAUAAGUUGCAUGUAAUCUCAUUAUAUAAGUUGCAUGUAAUCUCAUUAUAUAAGUUGCAUGCACAUUUGUUGUUGUGAAAGCCUUGAAGACUUUUACCUUUAUCGCAUUAUCUGGUUAGGAUAUCCUUGCAUGGUACAUCCCGUCAGGAUUUUGGCCUUUCAGUAAAAAUAAAAUGCAGAUAGACAGCUGUGUCUUACACGGUGAUUAAACAAAGAGCUGAUUGAAUAAAAUUCUUGAAGUUAGAUGGUCAUGGAAACAAAGUUUGUUGAUUUUGUCUAAUAUGUAUUUGGUGACGUUAAAACCUUGAAAAGAGGAAGACAUUGCACUCCAUGGACCGAGGAAAGGAAUUGUACUCUCUCUAUAUGUGUGUAUUUCACGAGCUUGUUAUUGAUUUAAUUCUUUUUAUAACAAUGUUUAAGGAAAGCUAUUUUAAUAAUAUUCACGAGAAUGAAAUUGUUUAUUUCAGAGUAACAUUUAUAGUGAUGCCAUUUUGAAUCUACCACAACAAAGAAGCAUAAUAACGGGAACAUUACUAUUCCCAGAAGAAUACCACUUUGUUGCAAGAUACUAGAGAGCUUUUGCUUAUUUUUUCUUAUGAUUCAUUUCUAUUGUUUCUAUUAAAUAUAUAGCUUUUUCCUCCUAUUUUUGACCCAAUAGAAAUAAACAUCUAAAAAAUUAAGUAAAAUUUCUUAUUAACUUGUGUGUAACCAAGAUUUUCUUCUCUUCUACUAGAAUUACAUUCAUCCAUGCAUAUUACGCAGUAGAGCCAUAAGAGCUGACGUUCUUUUGGACAAAAUCCAACUGAGCCACAGUAAUCUUCAUCCAUCACUGCCGGAUAAUCAGUCAACAAAUUUCAAACUUGGCACGUAUGGUUUGUCACACUCGUAGAACGAGCCAACGAGGAGUACUUUCCUCCUGGAGGAGGAUGUUACGGAGGGGCAGGACACAUUCAACAAAGGUAGAGCCAAGACACUCAUGUCAAUCAAAAGGAGGUGUCCAUGUUGCCAUGUUGGGCAGGCCCCCCCCGGCUGUAGAGAUAGAUAGCUCAUUAUGGAUAAGUGGACCACUGAAUGGUUUUGUUAUUUGUUAGAAAGAAAAUUCAUGUUGCAUCAUGUGCUUUGGACAUAUCUUUUCUCACUAAUUGACAAAAACCAAUUUAGGUCAUCAAAUUCCAACCCCAUUCAGCUUGGGUAUUUGUAGUUAUUCUGGUUUUUGCAUGAACAAGUCCCUUUCAUGAGUACCUACUUCUGUACAUUUUGCACCUCUCCUCAAUAAAAAAGUUGCCUGAUGUCAGAAGAAAAAAACUUGGGAAAUUUUAGAGCUA